AUGUCCGUGUCCGUGAUUAUUAAAUGGGGGGGACACGAGUACGCCAUCACGUCCCUAUCCGAGGAGGACACGAUCAUGGAUCUCAAGCAAUCCAUCAAGACUCUCACCGGCGUGCUGCCCGAGAGACAGAAGCUGCUCGGACUGAAGAUUAAAGGAAAAGCGGCUGAAGACCAAGUGAAGUUGGGCUCACUCAAACUCAAACCCAAUACCAAGAUCAUGAUGAUGGGCACUAGGGAGGAAGGGCUGGAGGAGGUUUUAGCACCUCCCCCAGAGAACGACGACGUGGUCAACGACUUUGACAUCGAGGAGGAGGUCAUCGAAGUGGAGAAUAGGGAGGAGAAUCUAGCAAAAAUCGCUCGCCGUGUCAAAGACUACAAGGUUGAGGAGAUGAACUCCCCCAGGGAAGGAAAAAGACUUCUAGUCCUGGACGUGGACUACACUUUGUUUGACCACAAGUCGUGCGCUGAGACCGGUCAAGAGCUGAUGAGGCCUUACCUUCACGAGUUCCUGACGUCAGCGUACGAGGAUUACGACAUCGUCAUCUGGUCUGCCACCAGCAUGAAGUGGAUUGAUGCCAAAAUGAAGGAGCUGGGUGUGACUGACAACCCGAACUACAAGAUCACAUUCAUGUUGGACAGCGCCGCCAUGAUCACCGUGCACACACCCAAAAGAGGCGUCGUGGAGGUGAAGCCGUUGGGUGUGAUCUGGGGCAAGUACGAGCGCUUCUACAGCAAGAAGAACACCAUCAUGUUCGACGACAUCGGACGCAACUUCCUCAUGAACCCGCAGAAUGGACUUAAGAUCCGGCCCUUCAUGAAGGCGCACAUGAACCGUGAAAAGGAUCGUGAGCUGCAGAAACUGAGCGAGUACCUGAAGGAGAUCGCCACGUUGGACGACUUCACCUCGCUCAAUCACAAACACUGGGAGAGGUACCUGUAUAAGAGGCAACAACACUGA